AUGUCUGCAAAUCUAGAUCCAAUGAUAUAUCCAAUAUUUUUUCCAAGAGGUGAUGCAGGAUGGCAUGAUCAACUAGAGCACAAUCCUGACCGAGCAACACGUGUUCGAAAUCGUGUUACUUUGUCUCAGUACUACAAUUAUAGGCUAGAAACAGCAGAGGAUAUUGAUAGUUUAAUAUCAGCUGAAAUUCCAGAUCAAACUGUUGAUCCUGAACUUUUUAAAAUUGUAAAAACAUGUAUGAUUCAUGGACCAUGUGGGAUUUUAAAUCCCAAUUCUCCUUGCAUGAAAGAUGGAGUUUCCACAAAAAAAUUUCCUAAAGAGUUUAAUCCUUGCACUGUUGCAAUUUUCAAUGGUUAUCCUAACUACAGGCGUUUAGAUAAUGGUAGAGGACAUGAUUGUGCGAAUGUGGUAAUUAAUGAAAGUGUUGACCAUGAUGAAAUUAACACAUAUUUAGACUGUCGCUUUGUUUCCGCCCCAGAGGCUCUUUGGCGAAUAUAUGAGUAUUCCAUAAGUGAUAUGUCACAUACUAUUAUCCGCCUUCAAAUCCACCUUCCUGAUAAUCAGAGAGUAUAUUUUAACAAAGGAGAAGAACAAGUAGCUAUAGAUCGUGCAGCACAGCGUGACACUCACCUAACCGCUUGGUUUAAGUUAAAUGCUGAAAAUAAUGAAGCACGUCAGUAUUCUUAUGUUGAAAUUCCAUAUCACUUUGUUUUUGGUAAAAAUUGCAUGUGGAAAGUAAGACAAAGAGGUAGUGAUAAGGUGGUUGUUCAUCAUAUUAACUUUAUGUGA